ACCGGGCUGUGGUGCGGGAAAACCAAAGUCAAGUGCGGGGGCUGGCAGCGGGGAGCGGGGCCGGCUCCCCCCGCGGGGCCGGCCGCCCCCUGCCCACCCCGCGGCGAGGCGGGCAGAGCCUUCCCCUCCCCUCCCUGCUCUUCCUCCUCCUCCUCCUCCUCCGCCCCCAGCUCCGCGGCCGCGGCCCUUGACGUGUCCCGGCGCCGAUUGGCCGCCGCCCGAUAGGAUCUCGGCGGCCCCCGCGUUAAGGCGGGGGAGAGUGGGGCUGGGGGUGCACAGAGCCACCGCUGCUGCGACGAGGCGACACCAGGGGACCCGACGGGACCCGACCCGAUGGAGCCACCCGGCCGGCCGCGGACCAUGGAGUACACGGCGCCCCCCAAACCGCAGCUCUCCUCGCGGGCCAACGCCUUUUCCAUCGCUGCCCUCAUGGCGAGCGGCAGCCCCAAGGAGAAGGAGCCGACCGAGAGCACCAUCAAGCCGCUAGAGCAAUUCGUUGAGAAAUCCUCCUGCGCCCAGCCUCUGAGCGACUUGUCCAGCCUGGACCCCCACGGGGAUUUCAGCAGCAGCCCUUCCUCCCUGUGCACCGAGCCCCUCAUCCCCACCACCCCCAUCAUCCCCAGCGAGGAGAUGGCCAAAAUCUCCUGCAGCCUGGAGACCAAGGAGCUGUGGGACAAGUUCCACGAGCUGGGCACUGAGAUGAUCAUCACCAAGUCGGGGAGGAGAAUGUUUCCCACGAUCAGGGUUUCUUUCUCGGGAGUGGAUCCUGAAGCCAAGUACAUUGUGCUAAUGGAUAUAGUUCCUGUGGACAAUAAAAGAUAUAGAUAUGCCUACCACAGGUCUUCCUGGUUAGUGGCUGGAAAAGCUGACCCUCCGCUCCCUGCAAGGCUGUACGUGCACCCAGACUCCCCAUUCACGGGCGAGCAAUUGCUGAAGCAGAUGGUGUCGUUUGAAAAAGUGAAGCUCACGAACAACGAGCUGGAUCAGCAUGGCCACAUCAUUUUAAACUCCAUGCACAAGUACCAGCCAAGGGUCCACAUCAUUAAGAAGAAAGAUCACACAGCUUCUUUGCUAAAUCUGAAAUCUGAAGAGUUCAGGACAUUUAUUUUUCCAGAGACAGUUUUUACAGCUGUCACUGCCUACCAGAAUCAAUUGAUAACCAAGUUGAAAAUUGACAGCAACCCUUUUGCCAAAGGAUUCCGGGACUCUUCCAGACUCACUGAUAUCGAGAGAGAAAGCGUGGAGAGCCUUAUCCAAAAGCAUUCCUAUGCCCGAUCCCCCAUUCGAACCUAUGGAGGAGAAGACGAUCUGGGAGAUGACAGUCAGGCAACACAAAGCAGAGGAUCAGCUUUUACAACAUCUGAUAACCUGUCCCUCAGUUCCUGGGUAUCCUCCUCAACCAGUUUUCCUGGAUUUCAGCAUCCACAGUCAUUGAGUGCCCUGGGUACCAGCACUGCAUCCAUAGCUACACCCAUUCCUCAUCCAAUCCAAGGAUCUCUGCCUCCAUACAGCCGCUUGGGAAUGCCUCUCACACCCUCUGCUAUAGCGAGCUCCAUGCAAGGUAGUGGCCCCACUUUCCCUUCCUUCCACAUGCCUAGGUACCACCAUUAUUUUCAGCAGGGUCCUUAUGCAGCUAUCCAGGGACUGCGUCACUCCUCCGCAGUGAUGACACCAUUUGUAUGACUGAAGAAAGACAAGAGAAAUGCGAGAUUUUAAAUGUGCAAGCUUGGUAUGAAAAAAUACAAGGGACCUUCCUGAAAGGCCUGUGGCAGGACAGUUCUGAACUCAUAACAAACCAGCUAAGAAAAUGCAUAAUGGAGAUUGAUUCCUCCCUUGAGGGAUCACAAGAAGAGAUCAUGCAGCUUGGAGCUGCUCACAGACCUAUGUGUAGCACAGUUGAAGUGGAUCCCAAAGUUCCCAGGAUUUCUGGUCACGUGCAGGUUGUUCCAAAGGUGCAUUGUGCCUCGUGGAAGUAUAUGUUUAUGCAGCAGUGUACAAAUUAUUUGUGUAUAGGUCUUUUUCCAUAUGCUAGAAGGAUUCUGAAAAAGGCAAUACUCUCACUCAUCUCCAUCUCUCCUUGUGACUAAUGAGCGUCUAAACAGAAAAAUGUGUCACUGUAAUUUUGAGCAUGUUUUGGGCUAUCUUAACAUACUUUUGCUGGGAAUAGGACAAAGUGUCCUAGGCCACUGUCCUUUUUGAAAGUCUGUCUUAUAUUCACCAAGAGCAGUAUUUCAUAGUUGCUAUAUAGCCUCAAAGAGAAAAUUAUUAACAAGUUUUUUUUUUCUCCUUCUUUUUCUUUUUUUUUUCUUUCUCUGUUUCUUUCAUAAAACAAUUAUAAAUUCCAAAAAGAACUGUGUUACAGGACUGUAGCAGUAAUGAUGUAUUCUGUCCUUUGGUCUAAAAAUAAGCUUGUCCCAUGUCCUAGGAGGAGCGAUUUAGCUGUCUAUUAAGGUAUCAUGAAGGAAAACAUUGAUUUUUGGAAAAUCUAUUACUUAAACUUAGAGACCCAACACAUAAAAUCUUUAAAUCAAAGCUUCUGUUUGCUGUUGUGCUUGCCACUAAAGAUCUGUGUCUAGCUGCAAAUGUGUACCAUUAACAGAAUUUCAGGAUGGAUCAGUCUCUAUAUAGAUUCUAGAUCAACCCACAAUCAGUAAUCAUCAUAUAAGACGAAUGGCAUUGGAGUAUCCUUCUACUUAUUCUAAUUUUCUUGCAUUUGGUCAUGCCUGUUAUUAGACAUGUUGUUUGGUCAGGUAAAUGAGGGUUGUAUUGUCUGUUUUCUCAUGUCCCAGUAGAAUGGUGUGUUCUUGGGAAAAUUUCAAUGUCAAACUUUGCCUAUAUAUUUUUUAUACAUAUUUGCCUUUUUUAGUUAGCAAUUAGAGUUCUCAUUCAAAGUACUGUCGACUUUUUCUAGCACAUUGUGUCCAAUACAACUGUAGAGUCAUAGGAAAAUUUGACCUCUCUGCAGAGAGCUAGCAUGAGUCUUUUGCACUGUUGAAAAAUGAACCAGUGUGAUGCUGGUUUUCUGCAUGGCGGGAACUGGGAUUUCACUGUAAAUAAGAAGUCAACACAGAGUUUCUGUGUACAGUUGCAUCCAAGUUAUAGAUGAUAAGACAUCUACUGGUUAAAAACAAACAAACAAACAAGAACUAGCAAUCCAAUCCCAUAUAUCAAAGUUCAGUGCAGAGGUGGAGCACAUUGGAAAACAGUGCCAAAAGGACUGUUUUCCUCUGCUCUUGACUAGUGGGUGAUGGCAUCAUAUAGUGGGAAGUGGAGAGCAGUACAACGAGCCACCUACCUCCCCUCUCAGCAAAGUGCAAGGCAAGUCAUGCUUUUUUUGUUGUUGUUCCGUUGCCUCAUUUUAUAUGCCCAGUCACACCAAGCAAUGACAACCUCCCAGACUAUUCCCAGUUUCUAUUGUAGGCUGGGGCAUGCAUCUCACAGAUAAGGGCCAUCUUUAUGUAUUUCCCAGUAGAUGAGUUUAAAAUCCCACAAAUAGGCCUUUACAAUCACCUCAGUUAUCUGCAGUAUCAUCCUAAUUUCCCUCUACUCACUGAUGGACAUUCUGAUAAAAAAAAUUACCUGGGGCAAUUUACAGCUUUUGUUCUCUGCAUGUGAAUGAAAACAAACUUCUAUUUACAGUAUCUGGGUCCAGAGCUACCAAAAGGAGUUCCAUAAAAGCAUAUAAUGAGCAAAGCUCUGGUUUAGAAUCAGAUGUGGACUAAAUUUGUCUUGAUAUGUCAAAAUAUUAAGUUUUGCUCCAGGCUAUCAGGUUCAUCUGAAAGGUGCACAUUACAAGAUUGUGCCUACUCAUGACCUGGGUUAAUAUAAAAGUACUCUUUGUUAGAAAAUUAGAUGAUACUAGAAAAAUUUAGAUGAUGCUAGAAAAGACCCACAAGAAAAUACCUCUUCGAGUACAUAUAAAAUUACACAAUUGUGAGAAUUUCAGGGGAGAUUUGGAAGGAAAUUUUUGUUUGACUUCUGUAAGAAAUACACGUAGUUGUAUGCAGGUCCUAUGAUGAUGUUCACUAAAGCCUGUGGGGAAGUUCUAUUUCUUGUAUCUGUUUCCUUCUGCAGCUCCAUCAACUUAUCUGGGGUUUCACGGAACAUGGUUAGGUUAACAAGUCAAGCCAGUACCUUUAAUGCUGAUAUCAGGAAGUGGUCAAGUAAGCAGGCAGCUUUUGCAUGGCUCUGGAAACAAGUUUGGAACAGGUAGGCUGAUUUAGGCAAGCUUUUCAAGUUACAUAAAGGCUGCUCAUACAUUGACCUGCUCUUCCUUCAUGAAGCAAAGGUGGAGAAAAAAAUGUACAGUUUUCAGCCCCUUCCCAGUCCCUGUUCUAAGAAUACCAAUAUUAGGCAUGCACAAAUUCCCCUGAUAAUGUUUCAUAGAAAAUUCUCCAGGCACUUCCUGAAGGAAUGAAACUGGAUGUUGACAAAGCCAUUUACCAAAAUAUCAAGUGAAAGACAGAGAAGAGCUUUCCACUACAAGUAAAAUGCAAUGCAUAUCUGAAAAAUAUGGCAGUAGACUCUCCCUAUAUAAAAACAUAAGGCCAAUGCCUCCUCAAGAGUCUCUGUGAUGAGGUCCACUUUGAAGAUGAUCAAGAAAGGUUUCUGGAGAAACCUAUCUGUCAAAUCAAAUCCACACCCUGAUUUUUCCAGUCAGGUCAAGGCUCACACCUCUCUCUCCACCUAAUUUCUUCUCCCUGUCCCUAUCACCUUCCUGUGGACAAGGGACAGCAUGAGAGUGAUUCCGAGAUAAAAUUCCUGCUUCUCUGAGGUCAGUAGUAUAUUUCUUGUCUGUAAUGGAGACAGGAUUUCAUUCAACAUUCUUACCUAAAAAUAAAGUCAAACUGCCUGGACAGUAACUGUGACAGCAACAAUAUAGGUACUCUGCAUAAAAAGCUAAAAACCAACUAUGAAUCUGCUUCAGCAUUGAUUUCACAAUAAAAAAGAAAUAAAAAGAAAUUAAUUGGUUAGAGAGUGAGAUUUUUUUGCCUUAAAAAAAAAAACAACAAAAAAACAACAACAACAACAAAAAAACAACACAACUCUACUACUUUGACAAUAACUCAUUUAUUUAAGGAGUUGCUGUACUGCUGUCACAAUUAUAUCUGUUGUUUGUAGAUGGUCUAGGAAUGCCAAAUAUAAUCUAGAGUUUAUUUUCCAAUAUAAUUCACAUUUUAUAUCCCCUGAGAAGUGCUGUUCACCUUUAUGAGCUGUCUUGGCUGAGCAAACUGGUGCUGUUUUUUUUUUUUUUUUUUUUUUUUUUUUUAAGAAGGGUGGAGAGAACAUGCCUGAAUAUGCUUUUCAAAGAGAAUGAUAAGAUUAUGCUCCAAAGUGUUAAGAAUGCUUUUGUGUGUUUUCUGGAUUACCUUUUUAUCCACAGAUAGUCAACAGCCUUGGGUAUUUUAUCCAACAAAAGCAUCCCAAACACUAACAAAACUGAUGUGGAUGCAUUUGUCUAUUUUAUUUAUUUAUUUUCUCAUUCAAGUUAUGGAGCCUUGAGUGAAGCUAGACAUCAAAAACAGUUUAAAUUUGGCUGUUUGGUUUGCAGCAUUGCUUUAUAUGUCCUGUGGAACACUCAAAGAUUCAGUCUUACUGGUAUCAGCGGUACUCUUCCAGGUAUAAGCUGACAAACACCAAGUGGAUAAAGGUGCAGAGAUUUGAAUGGAAAUGCUUCUCUGCAAGUUCCAACAUAGUAUGUUGUGUGAUAGCUAACAUCCUUGUACUGCAGUCUAAAAAAUACAACAACAAAUUUUUCACUAGAAGGCUUUAUCAAUGUGGGCUGUGUGAGCAUAUACACAUAUUAGGUUGUUGCAGCUUCCAACAUCCAGCAAACACUAACCAGCAUUUGUAAAUGAACCUCUUUUAAACGGAAACAGUUUGGGCUGGCACUUGUUUAUGCACUACAUCCUCUUUAUUUGUGUGUCUAUUAUAGAGAAACAGAAAUGUCAAUAAGAAUUAUUGCAAAAAUGUGGGGAGCUUUCCAAAACUGGAAGUUAACACAAAUUGUGGUAAUUUUCUCCUAGAUAAGGGGUAAGGCAAAAGUGAGAUCAGUGUAACACUUAGGGCUCAUUAUCUGGGAGGAAGUUUUGGCCUCAGAGCUUAUGCUCAUCAUCUGCAGAGGGGUGAUGUUCACUCACUGCAAGAUUAUCUUUUGUUUUGGUGAAAUCUUAUUCUCACUACUCCUUACAGAGUGUUUUCGGCUGCAGAAGAUGUGGUUUCUUUACUAACCACUUAUGUGCUGGCCAGAGGAUUUAUGUAUUACUCUGUGAUAGACUGUCCUUGAAUAUAGUCUCUACUUUACAAAAUAACAACUUCUUUUUCUUUAUUUUAUCUUUUCAAAAGAAAACUAAGCAGUGAUUUAAGUAAACUGAAGUAACAUUUUAUGAUAGAUUAAGGACAAAAAAUACAGUUUGCUGUAUUUUACCUUUAGCACAUUUAAACAAUUUUUUUUUCGUACCUUCAGAAACAUAAGGAAAGAUUUGGUUUAAAAAUGAGGAAGGUAAAAACUGGAUGUAACCUCUUUAACAGAAUGUACCACAAUUCUGCUGUUUGCUGUGUUGACUUUGUUGUUUAUAAUGCAUUGCGUGAGCACAUUCACCAUGUACUGAAGUUUGUGUUUGUGUGUAUGGGGUGGGGGUAGGGGGAAAUCUUUUUAUGGAAAAAGAAGUUAUUAACAUAAACUAUGAAGCAACAUUUAAUGAAAAGUUUCUUUUUAAGUGCAAUAUAUUUAUUUCUGCUAGAAAUAUAAUAUCAACAUUAUGUAAUAUUUGAAGCAUUAAAUGUUAUUUGUAAACGGCUUAAAAUUAUAUAUAUAUAUAUAUAUAUAUCACAAAAAUUGUACAUAAGUGCAAAUGUGUGGAUAUUCAGUUUCUUUCAUUAAAAUAUUGGGUGUUUUGAUAUAUCAUUCUUAUUUAGCCAAAGCUUGCUGCCUCUGUUGUUUUUCCUCUACCCAAAUCCCUGAGCACACUGGAGCCAAUGGUGGAUUUUUCUGUGAGCACACAAAAUUUGGAAGGGCUGAUCACAUGCAAAAGGCAGUCUAAAUCUUGAAUUCAAGAUAUGAAGUGAUACUUCUACAGUAGUUAAAUGUCAGUGUAGUUUGCACAUCAUUACAAAAAUGAUUUUUCAAAAUUCUCCAUUAUCAUAUUCAGAAAUAUUGGUGGUUUUGGCCACUAGAGCAGAACCAACGUGGCUGAAAUGUGGGGUUCCCAGGAUCCCCAAGAUAAUAAAAAGAGAUCUAGGAAACAUAGUCUAAGAAGGAAUUGGAAAGGAAUCAGGUCUGUUUAGGCUGGAGAUGUGGAGAUUAUGGGAAGAUGCAAUAAGGUUUUUAAAUGUGAGAAGAAUGUAACAAGGAAGCAAGGAACAAAUUAUUCUCCCUAUCUACUGCAGGCUUUUAAUGUCCUUUUAUUUAAAAGGAUGUUAUUUCUAUUUAAAUAACAUAUAUUAAAGCAUGGGAGAGUAGCCUGAGACAUCUACGGUAUUCAAAGAAGAGGGAUAGUGAAGCAGGGGACCGGAUUGCCUAGAGAAGAUAAGGAGCAAUGUCUAUCACUGGAAGUCUUUAAGAACUGGUUGAACACGUGUUACUUGAGAAUGAUGUGACUAGAGCCAGUCUUGCCUUGGGACAACCGAAGUCUCUUGAAGUGCUUUCAAGCGUUCUGUGAGAGCCAUGUCUUAAAACAUCUUCCGACAAAAUCCUGGUGUUGCUCCAAAGAUUUUCCAUUACACACCUGUAGUUGAUUUUUUUCUUCAAAUUGAGAUCAGCUGAAGGGUCUUCAUGCAGCUAGUUCACAGGUGUUGCUGGCUUACAGGGAAACCUGAUGUGAUAGAAGAGCUGCAAAGUCCCAAUGAACAGCUGUAACACUGCCUUAAUUUGGUUUCUGUCUGAAUGUAAGGCAGGAGAGAACAGCCUGAGGUAAGUCAGAUACACUUUAAAUGUGCUGAGUUGCAAUCAUGCAUUAAUGUAUCUAUUUUCCAUUUGGAAUAUUUGCAAAUGAGGACAGCUCAUUGAGUUGGUAAUUGUGUAUGUUGUCUUUUGUACCUGUAUUGUA